GCUGAUGGAAGGGUCACAAAAGUUCGUUUUUUGGCGCGAGCUGCAGCCGCUCAGGAAGAGAGCAAGCGGCGGAGUUGUGUCAGUCGCGUUUGGAGUUUACAAAACAACAAGAAACAUUUCUUUAGCCCGUUUUAGGCAAUGGCUCGUGUUUGCCGACUCGACUCUUUCCUCAUUUCGGUUUUCUGUUUAAUCUGAAGAGCCGGAAGUAUGCUGUAGUUAUGUUUGCCUGGCAGAUGCUGUAAAUUCCAUUUCUGGCUGCGGUAGAGUGUAAUGUCUGCAUUGUUCAGCAGAAGCAGGAGGUGGCCCUGCUUUUCUUGCAUUAUGGAUCUCCUACAAGGGCUUACACAGCUGCUCUGUGUGAUUUAUGAACUGCACCUAAACCACUGAGAUGCAUGCCCAAGACCUCAGAGAGCACAUUAAACCAUCUUCGGGAAACGAAUUAGAUGACGCCAGUGUCAUUCAAAAUGCCAGUGCCUCCUGAACCAAAAGUUCUCCACACACCCAUCCCUGUACCCAUUUUCUUUAAUGAAGAGAAGACCUUCUCCUUAAAGAAGAGGGCACCAGCUAAUGGCUUGUCUUCCGUGGCAAAUGGCCUUUGCCAGUCUCUUCCUCCCCGCCCUCCUUCCAAGGGUGGUGCUCCUGUCAGCCGUAUGUUCCUCAACCGUGAGUACUCAUGGAGCCAUCCUCGUCCCCGUGGAGUCUCAUUCCGGGAGUCAGCUGAGCAGAACUUGUCUUUUAGUCACUAUGACGAGAGCAAAAAGGAGUCUUACUUUCAGCAGUGUUUCCGAUGCAUCUGCAUACUGGGCAGGGGAUCAUUUGGAGAAGUCUACAAGGUUCGGAGCCUUGAAGACGGACAGCUUUAUGCAGUCAAGUGUUCCAUGGAACGUUUCCGGGGUGUGGGAGAUCGGCAGCAAAAGCUGCAGGAGGUGCUAAAACAUGAGCGGCUACCCCCUCACCCAAACUGUGUUACUUUCAAGAAAGCCUGGGAAGAAAAAGGACGGCUGUACAUCCAGACUGAGCUGUGCCAGGGCAGCCUGCAGCAGCUGCUCCCAUCUAGUGAAGGUGAGGUCUGGGACAUCCUCUCCGACUUACUUUGUGCUCUACGCCAUCUGCACAGUCACAACAUGCUCCAUCUGGACAUUAAACCUGCCAAUGUUUUCCUGUCUACGUCUGGCCGGUGCAAACUUGGAGAUUUCGGCUUGGUCUUGGACCUAGGGGACAAGAAGAAUGGCCAGGAAGGUGAUCCCCGCUACAUGGCUCCUGAACUGCUGCAAGGAAAGUUUACACCCGCUGCAGAUGUUUUCAGCUUGGGUAUGACAAUUUUGGAACUGGCGUGCAACAUAGAAUUGCCUAAAGGAGGUGACGCUUGGCAGCAGAUACGGCAGGGAUAUCUUCCCCCAGAGAUAACUUCAGGCCUGUCUCCCAUGAUGCUGAACAUUUUAAAGAUGAUGUUGCAUCCCAAUCCAUCGAAGCGGGCCACUGUCUUCCAGCUCUGCAGCCUUCCAUUUAUCAGACGUAUCGUCUGGAAGCGGAAUCUGUCACUAAAGCUGAAGGAGUCUCUAAGAAGCAUGCAGGCUGCCAUCCAGUGGAUUAUGUCCCUGGUGUGUAGGUCCUGGUUCUCCCUUAUACCCCUACCUCCACGAUGGAAGCUCAAGCAGCCGGAGACUCCUACUCGCAGUGAAAGCAGCUCCAGCUACAGCGACAUACAGCAAGACAGUCUCAAAGACGAGGUCUUCCAUUUGCCGCUACCCCAAUUAGAUGUUUCUCCCAUCAUUCUGAGGAGUGGUUGUCAUUCUCCCGCCGUGCCAAGCAGAUUGUCACUGGGCAGCACCUCCACUCCGCAGCAUUUAUAUCGGGAAAUUGAUCACAACCACAUUGACAGGUCUGGAGACUGUGGCCCGGACAUGAGCUGGAUUAGCGGUUCUUCUGAGAGCACUUCCCCUGUGCGGACGCCCUCUUGUAGCAGUAGCAGCAGCCCGAUGGGAGAUGACCUUAAUCACAAGGGGCAACGACGGCCAGGCUUUGAGCCCAAGAACCUGCUGAGCUUGUUUGAGGAGGCUUCCAUGGAGGAAUGAAGUGUCUCCUUUUUGACUUGUUUUGCACUGGAGCCAGAGAGACACUUGGAACACAAGUUCCCUUUAGGCUGUACCUGUUUUGCACAUCUGAUCCUUAAAAAGACAAAAAAAGUGACUUUGAUUUCCUUUAAACACACACACACAUGACAGUCAUGCAGUGCAUAUCCCUGCGGUCAGGCCAGGCAGCUUAGACAAGUCGAACAUCCUGUGCUUUGUAUGGCAGGUUGGUCUCGCUCCAGCUUGGCCUUUGAGAGCUUGCCGGAUUGUGCUCUUUCUCAAGGUCUGAGCCGUGGCUGCAUGGCACGGUGCCCAAUUUAAAACAAGGGAACAUUGCUUGUUUGACAAAAGCAGCCUGUCCUGCCUGCCAGGUCAGUGUUAGUUAUUCUGGUGUUUCUCAACUGUCUUCUAGGAGCCGGUAGCUGUGGAUGUGAACAUACACUGCAGCAGAUGCAUUUAGGGGUUCAAAGAGUGGAGUCUCCUAAAUAUCAGGAGCUUGGCAAUUUCAUUGCCUGGGUGUUUACAGACUUGGAGCUUAAAAGCUAGGAACUGAAACUAUCCGAAUGACUUCCCAGGGAACACAUUUGUGAGUUCUGGUUCAUUCUGUAAAAGAAUAAUGUCAAGUAAGAGUUACUGACUCGUGGCAUUUCAUAUUUUACACUUUAAAGAGCCUAGUAUGUUUUGUAAAUAAGUAGAGUUUCUGGUAGCAGGUCACAGCAGCAAACUGUGGCUUCAGCACAUGCUGUCACAUUUAUAACAUGUGUUGUCUGGCGGGGUAUAACUGAAGUAGUUGUGGAUUAUUACACAUCACCCAGUAUCCUCUGCUGGGUUUGUAUGGUAGUUUUUUUGGGGACCCUUUGCUGUCAGACCAUACUUCGGGCCCAAGAGUGUGUGCUUUAUUUCUUCAGGUCAUAACGUUUUCAGCUUUGCAGUAUACAGUAUCUUUUGAUUUUGCAGUGACUUUGCUUUGUGAUAGUUAAUUACCUGCCUUUUUCAUUUUGCUUUGUUUGUCCCCUGAUAUGUUAUAUUAAUACAAAGUAUCAAUUUUUAUUAAAUAAAGUUGGGGAAAAGGGAGCAACUUUAUCAAA